GCUUUAAUCAUUUUUGAAGACUGAACACCUUCGGUUGGUGCACACUGCUGUGCGGCAGUACCUCGCCUAGGAGUGGAUUAUAAUUGCCAAGAAAAGAUAUCGGGAUGCCUAAUCAAAACCUAAUCAGUUAUCUGUAUUGUCUGGUGCGGGAUCUCUAUGCGGAGAAUGGGGAUCCCCGGGUGGCUCAUCUGCCGCUGCUUGGCAACAUUUGGAUAGUCCUAGCUAUCAUUGGCGUCUACCUGGCCUUCGUUCUCCACUACGGUCCCAAAUGGAUGGAGCACCGAGACCCGUUCGAGCUUAAGCGGGUCAUGCAGGUGUAUAAUGUGAUACAGGUGGUUACCAAUGGCAUUAUUUUCGUCAUCGGACUGUGGAACACCUACCUUAGGUCUGACUUCAGUUGGACCUGCCAGCCGGUGGAUCACACGGACACCUCUCCCCACAUGAUGAGGGUCCUGUACGCCUCCUACGGAUACUACAUGCUCAAGUACCUCGAUUUGCUGGACACGGUGUUCAUAGUGCUCCGCAAGAAGAACUCGCAGGUGAGCUUCCUGCAUGUUUAUCAUCACGGCGGCAUGGUCUUCGGCGUGUCAAUCUUCAUGACCUUCCUGGGCGGCUCCCACUGCACCCUGCUGGGCGUGAUCAACCUCCUGGUGCACAGCGUGAUGUACUCGUACUACUACGCCGCCUCCCUGGGGGCCCUACAGCACAUCCUGUGGUGGAAGCAGAAGAUCACCCAGCUGCAGCUGCUCCAGUUCGGGUACCUCACCUUCCAUUUCCUGCUGGUCAUCCUGCGGAAUCCCUGCCAGUUUCCGGUGUUCAUAGCCUUCAUCGGCUUCAUCCAAAACAUCUUUAUGUUCUCCAUGUUCUUCGACUUCUACUACAAGACUUAUGUGCGCAAGCAGCGGAAGACAGCCGAGUCGAAGCUCAAGACCAGCUGAGCGCCCUUGCAAUGUGUAAAGUUCAAGCUCGCCACCGCUUCCAUUUCUGUUCAUUCUGUGCACCGCCCUUCGCCUCAUUUGCAUAUUAUAUUGUGUAAUAAGCUGGUCGGUCGCUUAUGCAAAUGGGCGCCGAUCAAAUCGAAAACUGCCUGGUAUAAAUAAACAUUCGGAUUGCGCCCCUUCCUUCGCUUCACUCUA